AACUGGUGACACAGCUUCCAACGUUUCCGCACGACUGCUCAUUCUAGAGAUGGAUUUGCCAUUUGACACUAGUCAAAGAUUUGUAUAUGAAUUGGUCAUAAUUGUUCAAUUUUUUUAUUCGCUGCUGUGUACCAACGCAAACGGUUUAUUAAAUGCUCUACUCGUAAAUCUGAUACUGCAUGUAAGCAGUCAAAUCAAUAUUCUUCGCAAGAGUUUGAUGGAAAAUUUUACAAAGAAAGGGGAGAGCAGCCCGAAUCGUCUCAUGAUUAAACAAUUAAUAAGAAAACACCAGAAAAUUAUCAUCUUUUCAGAGCAUAUUGAGGAUCUGUAUUCGCGUAUCGCGAUGGUGCUGUUUGUAUCAGAUACUGUAAUUACCUGCUGCUUGGGUGUUACAAUUGUCGCGUCGAUUGGUCAACCCGAUGCUUCGAAAAGUAUAAUCAGGAAUUUCAUGUUUUACUUCGUUAUGAACAUGGAGGCAUUCAUAUUUUGUUUCGCUGGAGAAUACUUGAGCGCUAAGAGUAAAAGCAUUGGAGAUGCUGCUUACGAUUCCCUAUGGUACGAAUCAGGUACCAGAGACAGUCGAAGUAUAUUGUUCUUAAUAAUGAGGUCGCAAAAUCAACUAACUAUUACAAUUGGAAAGAUAACGAAUUUGUCUCUUGAACGAUUUAGUAGUAUUAUAAAGGCUUCGGCUUCCUAUAUGUCGGUCCUACUUGCAAUGUAUUGAACAAAACUACUUUAUAG